AUGAAACCCAGCAGAGAUAUAUGCAUAGCACUCUUACGAAUGAUUAACAAGUUUGUCAGGGGCGGGAAAAUGAAGCAGUAUACUAACGUCCUCGACAGACCCCUCAGCAAGGGCAAGCAAGAGAGUGGUUUAAUUUUGCAUUCUUGUUUUGUUCAGUACAAUCAGACCCAAGUUGACAAUAUUACUCAAUUGGAGACUAGAAUAGAGGACGCUGGUUAUGCUGUUGGAGCACGGAUUCUAGAACUCCUCUGCCACAGGGAAAAGGGAAACAGAAGAGAGACACGACUUCUCGGUAUUUUAUCAUUUGUCCAUAGUACAGUAUGGAAAGUUUUGUUUGGGAAGGUUGCAGACUCACUUGAGAAAGGCACCGAACAUGAAGAUGAAUAUAUGAUUAGCGAGAAGGAGCUCCUUGUCAAUAGAUUUGUUUCUAUUCCAAAAGAUAGGGGUGCUCUCAGUUGUGGAGCUUUUGUUGCUGGAAUUGUAAGGGGUGUGCUGGAAAAUGCAGGUUUCCCAGCUGUGGUGACAGCACAUUUUGUUCCUGUGGAGGGGCAGCAGCGACCACGGACAACCAUUUUGAUAAAGUUUGCUGAAGAGGUACUAAGGAGGGAAGCCAGGCUAGGUUAA